AGUGUCAAAGACUCGCUUUCCUCCUCUCCCACAAACGCACCAGCUACUUUUACCGCAACAAGGUUUAGUCUUAAUUUACGGAUGGUGAACUUGUCUGUCGAGUUUUUAUCGAAUAGUAAUUGUUUUAGUUGUGAAAAAGGAGCUAAAGACCCGUGUUUCCUCGAAGCUAUCAUGCUGAACACAGAGGAAAGUUCCUGGUUGUCGGGGCCCCGGUUGCCCGGCUCCAUCCCUCAGUCUCCGGGGCCUCUGUGGUGUUCCGAUGCCCCUCACCCACAACUGAAGAUCCCGAGUGGGCGAGGGACGGUCAGGGAUCACUCUCUCGGAGUGCUACUACACCAGGAUGAGAAGUUAACGGUGACGCAGGCCGCUCCAGCGAGUGGGAACUCCUCUUUUCUUCGCUUCCACUACCAGCUGAAUGAGCGCCGCUCGGCCUCCUGGGACACGGCGCUGUCAGGAGACAGCCUCUUCCUGGAGAUCCCUGCUGGGCCGCUGGUGGAGGGGAGCAAAGAAGGGCUAACUUCUCUGCUGGAGUUUGCGGAAGAGAAGAUCAAAGUUAACUACGUGUUCCUGUGGUUCCAUAAAAACAGAGAGGAUCGAUUGUCCAUCGUCAAGACGUUCCACUACAUGGGCUUUGAGAUGGUGAAGCCGGGACACCCCAUGGUCCCGGCCCGGCCUGAUCUGGCCUUCAUGGUUUACUCUCUGGACAACAGCAGCAGCUCGGACGAGGAAUGACUUCCACACCUCGCUCUCCCUCCCGUAGGACCAUAGGUCCCGUCCCCCCGUCCCCCCCGAGAAUAUCUGCAGAUUGGAUAAACGGGGAGUGGCGUAGCUUCAGCUAAGCCAUCACGGGUCAUCUUGGGAUUUGGGCUUUUCUCUUAGCGGUUCCUCUCUUGGCUACAUUAUUUGUUUGUGCUGCCAUCAACCAGACAAACAACUGUUUGACAUUCAGGAGAAGGCGGCAUUUUACUUUAAAAUUCAGCACAUCUCUCCUGACGGCUUCAACCUUUUAAUAAGAAAAGAGACUUUUGGUUUGUCCUUGUGUGCGAGCUGUUUGGUUGAGGGAGUUAUGGUCAAUAAAAUGUGUUUUUUCCUCAUAAUAUAGAUUGGUGGAAGCCUGAUCUGUCACAUAUAACAUUAAAUCACAUGUCGGCAUUUCUUGUCACUUCUUCCUGAGGCAUCAUUCCAGCACACGUCAAUCACUCGUUUAUUUUGUCAUUUUUAGCUCUCAUCUGCCCAAAACACUCUGUUAGUCUGUCCAGACGUGUCAAAGCAAAAACGCAGCCUGAAUGUUGAGCUGUCAGCUCUCGGAGGUAAACGCCUCCUCCUCCUCUGUGGAAUAAUCACCCUGUGAAGCUGACGGUGUGAGUCACUGUUUCACUUUGCACGUCACACCAGAAACAAACGCUUAGUUUCUUUUCUGUUUUGUUUUGUUCUUUCAAAAAUCAUAAGCUGAAUAAUUGUUGGUGUAAGAUUGCAUUAAACUGUACAUACAAGGUUUGAAUCUAGUGAAGCUUUAGCCCCGGUUUGUGCUCAGCAGCCGUUGCCAAACAACUUCUAUUGUUCUGAAGGUUUUUCUUCUGACGAUCUGGAUGAAAGCUAAAUGUCUUAUCCGGGCAGUGAAAGUGGGAAAUGACAGAAGUCGAGACGUUGUUUUGUAUGAAAAUCUAAAACGAUGGAAUUAAAGAUGGACGUCGGCACAAACGGAGGCUCAUGGAGCUUCGUAGAUUCAUUCACCCGUUGAAAGCUCGACUGUAACUAGGCUUUUUCUGUGCCUAAAGAGGAGAGUGCAAUGCUAGUAUUUUUUACUCAUGAGUGUUAUUGAGGAGUGUGUACAUUUUUCACUCAUAUAUUUAAUCACAUGCAGAGUCAGACCCAUGCUGUAGGAGGGGGGGGGGGGGGGGGUGUGGGGGGGCUUGUAGAGGUACAACGGGAGCGCUUCAGGUCAUUUACAUAUAUGCAAAUAAAAGGAAUCCUGUGCAGGUUUAUUUUAGUUAACAAAACGCCAAAGAAUCCAUUCUGUCUGUAACGUGCUGUCUGUUUGAAAUCAUGCUAGUAUGGUGCGUAAAGCAACAUUCCCCAUGCCGGCCAUACUCUGAGGAACAUGAUGGCGGUCUGCUCCAUGCCGGGGGCCUUUUCUUCUUCCGCAUGUGUUCAGAUCACACGAGUCUUCAUUGCUACUGAUUGAGCCCCCUGACUAUUAAUGAGCUGUUAGGAAAUGUCAAUAUAGGAUUUUUCUCAGAGGUAUAUUUUUAUGUGUGUACAUUUCUCAAAUGUUUACUGUGAUAGUUUAGGGAUUUAUUUUGUGUUGUCGGUGGAAUAGUUGGCAACCAUUCAAUGACAAUCCACACUUGUAUACUUUUUGUCUUGGGGGGGGGUGGGACAAUAAAACUUGUUAUCUUAAUUGGUGUCUGUUUGUUUUUGUCAGAUUCAAGACAUCUGUUGCAAUAAGAUGUUUUCUGUGUACAGACUGUGAAGCCCUUGAAUUGAACUGUGAGUUUGUGCUUUGCUUCAGAAAAUGCUAUACAAGCAAAACACCAUGGCAGAUAAAUUAAAGACUGAUGUGCGAUCAGAAAACAUUGAAGUAGAGCAGCGACGCUGAGGCCGAUGUGAGGUAAUGAAAGUGUGAAGUGUAGUUGUGUGAAGCUCUGAUCCAGCCGAUCGCUGACUCGGGCGCUAAUCCCCCGACCAGCUCAGCUCACGGUACAUAACAGCUAACCGCUGGCUUCCCGCCAAACACUGCAACAACCUCCCAGGUCGGUUGAUCUAGAGAUGUGUUUUCAGUGUCCAGGGCAGGAUGAACUCAGCUGUGCUAUAUCUGUGUCUCUAAUGCAGCAGCAACCUUUGUUGUCGGUCCGUGUUCUUUAACACGGUGGUCCUGAGGCGCUAAACGGCCCUGGAAGAAACACGUCGACGAAAAAUAGAAAACUUUUCACACAACACAUUACAGAAAUCACUUAAGCAAAAAAUGUUCUCGUGAACAACCCAAAUUUGUGUUUACAUUCACUGUUUUAGGCCAAACGGAAAUUUGUGUAACAAACGUGUAGAAUGCAUUUUUCCCAAAUAAAACACUCGCAAAGCCGAUUCUUAAUAUUUUAAAUCCUUGAUUAUUUCUCUCUCUAGUUCUCUCUGCAUUGAUUGUUGCAGUUAUCCGUUUACAGCCUUGUCAU